UGAAGAAUCUGCCCAAAUACUUAUAUAUUUGUAGGUAUUUAUUUCACUAAAUUACAUUGUUGUCCACAUUCGAGCGACGUAGAUCGUCAGAGCUUGAGUUUUCUUGCCCUCAGCAUGCUCCUGAGAUUUCAUGACCAUGGCCGACUUCGCUUGCUGUUCAUCGUUUUGAUUGUGAUACUGACAGGUGGAAUUUGCCUCACAUACAAUUGGCCAAAUAAGGAGGAUGCAGAGUUGAUGCCACAGCCGAUAGUGGCAUCGGUUGAACCCCUGGCGAGUAUCCGUGUAGAUGAUGUUCUACUGGCAUUGCCCAGGCCCACGCCCGGACGGAGCAUAUUUUUCCAUGAAACGCGCAGCUACGAUGCCAAAAAUAAAGAGUAUAAUCAUCCACUGAAGCUGAAUGCCCGUCAAGCGUGUGCAAUCGAAUCUGCGGCACUCCACAAUCCAAAUUCCCAAGUAUUUGUUUUGUUUGUCCAUCGAAAAUACGCACUUGCUGGCGUUCACUCCAACGAAGGCAAGAACAGCACGGAGCAGCCCCUUUUCGAUGCUAUCCUAAGCUACAGCAAUGUCCAUUUGAGGCGUCUGAAUCUCUGGCGCUACGCUUCGGGCACACCCAUCGAGGAAUGGCUCAAGAACGGUACCCUCUUUCGCUCGCGCUUUUUGGUCUCUCAUAUAUCGGAUUUCCUGCGUUUUUUAACACUGUUUCGCUAUGGCGGAUUGUAUCUGGACUUGGAUGUGGUUGUGCUGAAAAGUAUGGAGGAUGUGCCACCCAAUUACACUGGAGCCGAGUUCGAGGACGUGAUUAGCUCUGCCGUCAUAAACUUGACACCAACUGGCGUUGGUCAUAAGAUUGCCGAGUCGCUGCUGUUCGACUUUCAGCAUAAUUUCAAUGGCCGACAUUGGGGUAACAAUGGCCCGGGUGUGAUGACACGCGUGGCCCAACAAAUUUGCGGCACCAAAAAUAUCUCACUACUGCUGGAGAAUCGCAAACGCUGCUUGGGCUUCCAAGUGUUUGACUGCAAAGCCUUUAACCCUGUACCAUCCGGAAAUUGGAGGCACCUCUUCGAGCCCGACGAACUGGAGGAGACCAUGGCACGCACCAAGUACUCGUAUGUGGUGCAUGUGUGGAACAAGCAGUCAAAUAAGGUGCCCAUUAAGGUGGGUUCAAGCAGCGCAUAUGCCCAAUUGGCAGAACGUAACUGCCCGCGCGCCUAUCAUGCGGCGGGUGAAUAUUUUUAGGCGAAGAGUUUUCUUGGCUUUGCACUCGCCUGCAGCGGUUUUUAUUUUUUCUCACUACGGAAUAAACACGAGGGAUAAACGCUGCCUCCUUCUGUUGCAGUUCCUUUGACUUAGCCUAAAAAAAACUUACCGUCGUGCAAAGUAAAAUAUCCCUAUUGUGCGACAUGGCCUGAAAAUAAUUUACCGGUGUGCAAAGUAAAAUAUCCCAAUAUCACAAGGUGCGAAAAGGCAAUCAGUGUGGUGGAGGCCAAUAACUCACGCUCGGAGAGGCGCGCGCUAGAAAGGCGCAAAGAGAUUGCCGCUGUGGUGAAUAAGUUGGUAAAUUCUCCUCGCUCCGAGUCUUUCUUGCUUUCAAUGUGCAACAUCCAAUUGCUCUUUCUCGACGGGAACAACUCUUGAGAAUAAAUAUGUGAAGCUUUGUAAUGGUUCAAAUUGUAAGCCACAUCCAUUUUAAGUAUAAAACUUAACUGCGAACACACAUUUACAAUGUACUCUUACAACAUUUUCUACUUCAAGAAGGCUGUGUCGAAAAUUGUUGCCGAUAAUAGUAUGCCUGGUUUCAAUGAAGAAUCUGCCCAAAUACUUAUAUAUUUGUAGGUAUUUAUUUCACUAAAUUACAUUGUUGUCCACAUUCGAGC